AUUCAGGUCACUUCACGUUGUGUUGUGCUGGCACGUCGCUUCCAAAAAUACACACUUUACGAUCGUUUGAGUACACGUCCAUUUCUUUUCGAUAUCGAAAAACGAUGGAUUGCUUUCCAGCUAUUUAAGGCACUGGCCCAGUGUGAAGCUGCUGAUGUUUGUCAUGGUGAUUUGAAAAUGCAAAAUGUUCUCGUUUCAAGCUCAAACUGGGUACAAAUCACCGAUUUCGCCUCUUUCAAGCCGGCCAGCAUCCCAUCGGAUGACCCAUCAUAUUUCACAUUCUUUUUCGACACAAGUCGACGACUGAGCUGCUAUUUGGCACCAGAACGAUUCUGUACCAGUCAGGAACUGAAUUUACAUCCAAAUUUACCGGGUGAAUUCAUGGAUGUCUCAAAAGGCCUUACACAUUCUAUGGAUAUAUUCUCGCUUGGCUGUUUGCUUGUUGAACUUUUCACUGAAGGACAGUCUCCUUUUACUUAUGAGCUACUUGUUAAAUACAAGUAA